UGUCUCAGUUGUUCCCAUCAAGUGAGAUCGUGCAAAUCCGAGUAUUCUUGCCGUUCGUGCAAGGAACGGCAUCAUACGCUGCUUCAUCAACCACCACAACAACCUAAAGUCGCUUUGUCAGCCCAAUCAGAUGAUGAUAUGGUGUUUCUCGAGACGGCUAUUGUGUUCAUCGUAGACGAUUAUGGAGAGAAACAUGAGGCACGGGCGCUUUUGGAUUCGGGCUCUAUGUCCAACUUCAUUUCGGAUACGUUAGCUCGGAAGCUCAUGACACCUCGAGCGAGAGUUAAUGUAUCAGUGUCUGGCAUCGGAACUUCAAGGCAGCAGAUAAAGGGUUCGACCACGGCGAUCGUUCGUUCAAGGAAGCUUCAAUUCACCACCCCAUUGGAGUUUCUGAUCCUGGAUACACCCUCGGCGGACAUUCCCACCUCACCAAUCAACGUGUCUAUGUGGAACAUCCCGGAUGUAACGCUAGCAGACCCCACGUAUCACAUCCCAGGCAAGGUCGAUGUGGUCAUCGGUGGCGAUACGUUCUGGGAGCUGCAUACCGGACGCAAGCAAUCUCUCGGUUCGGGUCUGCCAUGGUUGGUAGAAACGCAGUUUGGAUGUGCGGUAGCAGGAAAUACAACGCAUUCGUCACAACAACAUCGGGUGUGUAAUAUGGCAACGAGCGACAGUCCGUUGGAAGCCAUAUUGACGCGGUUCUGGGAGAGCGAGACCAUCUUCGACGAGACCGCUCUAUCUCUGGAGGAAGACAUGUGUGAACGUCAUUUCAUCUCUACUACAACCAGAGACCCAUCUGGCAGGUAUGUCGUACGUUUACCACAAAAUCCUAAUUCGAAUGUCGUUUUAGGAGAAUCGAAAGCAAUCGCUGAUCGUCGUCUCCUAGCGGUGGAACGGCGGCUCAAGUCUAACCCUGCAAUGAAGGAAGAGUAUAGUAAAUUCAUGUCGGAGUGUGAGCGCUUAGGGCACAUGAAACAACUCACCGAGCCGGUGGACGAUUCGUGUGAACACUACUAUCUCCCUCAUCACGCGGUGCUUAAGGAAUCGAGCACAACCACCAAGGUCAGGGUAGUCUUUGACGCGUCGUGCAAGACAUCUUCUGGCUACUCCUUGAACGACAAACUCCUGGUUGGGCCGGUGAUCCAAGACGAUCUGUUCACCAUCAUCGUUCGUUUCCGGUCUCACGCAGUCGCACUCUCAGCAGAUGUUGAGAAAAUGUAUCGCCAAAUUCUCCACGAUUCUCGCGACACUGAAUACCUGCGCAUUCGGUAUAGAGGAAACACCGCAGAGCCGAUUCAGACGUUCCAACUACAAACGGUAACAUAUGGCACGUCUUGCGCACCCUUCCUAGCAACUAGAACGCUACAGCAGAUCGCUCUCGAUCACAAGAUGCAAUACCCCCGAGCAGUGGAUCCUGUAUUGCACGAUUUUUAUGUGGAUGACCUGCUAACGGGAACAGACGAGUUGGCAGAUGCAAUUGAAAUGCAAAGGCAGAUUUCCGAGAUGCUCAAGCAGGCAGCAUUCGUGUUGAAGAAGUGGGUAUCAAACGUACCCGAAGUACUAAUCGGCAUUCCUUCAGAAGACCUUGCCAUCCUUCUUACUCAUGAAUGGCAAGAUCCCCAAUUUGUAUCGACGCUUGGUCUGGUUUGAGAGCCAGCAGUUGAUAUGCUGCGAUAUCGGAUCGAUCUACCAACUGCUGCGACGAUGUUGACAAAGAGGCUAGCUUUGUCCUACAUCGCCAAAAUCUUUGACCCGCUGGGCUUGCUUAGUCCAA